UUAUAUAUAAAAUUGUCUGUUGACAAAAAAUAUUUUGAGGUUGGUCGGUUGAUAACAUAGCCUUUUCUUUCUAAAUAAUUGUGGUAUUUACUACCUAGUCCCGUCGCUCGUUUUUGACUUAGAUAUUUUUUAUCCACUAACAUCCAAAAUGUUGAUGCCAAAAAAGAAUCGCAGGGCUAUCUAUGAAUACCUCUUCAAAGAAGGUGUUAUGGUUGCUGAAAAAGAUUUCCAUAAACCUGUACAUCCCGAUAUUGAAGGCAUUCCAAAUUUGCAAGUUAUCAAAGCUAUGCAGAGUCUCAAAUCUAGAGAUUAUGUCAAAGAACAAUUUGCAUGGCGUCACUAUUAUUGGUACUUGACAAACGAGGGAAUUCAAUACCUUAGGGAUUAUCUUCAUUUACCAACUGAGAUUGUUCCAGCUACAUUGAAGAGACAAGCUAGACAAGAUGCUAGAGGACCUAGAACCACUCCAGGUGGAAGACCAGAAGGUGGCCGAUCAGGUGAAGACAGAGCAACUUAUAGACGGGCUCCAGGUGCACCUGGAACUGACAAAAAAGCUGAAGUGGGUGCUGGUACUGCUGAAUUGGACUUUAGAGGACCUGGUGCAUUUGGUGGAUUUGGCCGUGGCAGAGCUCCACCUCAAUAAAUGUAAUUAUUUGUAUUACUUAAAAAUAAAAAAUUACAAAAUAAAAAAAGUAUAAAAUUUACAAA